CAUGGCGUUUGGGGACUGAUUCAUACGCGCCAUAAGAGACCACGAAGGAGUGCCAUUGUUUUGGCAGUUAGUUAUUAGACGCUCAGUCAAACGAAAUGGGCUCGACGGAUAGAGCGACUAUCCCCCCAGGUGCAUGGAUUGCGCCUUUUCGAUGGCGACUGAGAAGAAACAUGGGUGCAUCGCCAUGUCAAUCACAGGUGUUUUGGAUCUGUUCUAACUUAUCCAACGCCCUCUCUCAACUCGCUUCAGUGCACUGUAUCACCAGCAGUGUACAACAAAAGAAUACUUCUUUGGGGUGCAAACCCCAAUCUCGAACACAAAUCCUGUUGUAUAUACGUCGACGGAUGUUUAUUGGUUUGGCCGGUCAUUUGUUGAUUUCCGCUUAUAGAGAGGCUUACCUGUCGUUUGUGUUUUUGAUCAUUACAAGAUCUGCAUUGCAUGGCUGUUUUAUAUGGCAAAUGAUUUUUUUUAUUAUUGUUUUUGGACAUCAUGGAUCUCAAUUUUCCUUGUUUUACAUGGAGGGAUUUGGAGGAGAUACCACUCACGGUUGUUGAGCAUACUGUAGUACAUAUUGGAUCAAAAGGAAAGGAGGAAAACACGUGCAUGCUCACAAUCGUUUUUUUUUUUUUUUUCUGGAUGUUUAGACGCAUUGCCUCCCAAAAGGGAGUUGAAUUAUAUACAAAAUCUAUACAAUAUUAUGAAGUUCUUAA